AUGGAUUUGGAUACAAGUAACGGACGGGGUUUCAAAACUAAUCGUAAAAGGGAGAGAGAGAAAGCAGAAGAUGAAGAGGAAAUCGACAGACUUAAAGUCAAAGCAAAAAAGCGUGCGACUAUCGCUAUAAACAAAGGAAAAGGGGAGUCUCAAAAGAAGAUGGGAUUAAAAAUAGAAGAAGAAGAAUUGGAGCCCAAAGCUGUUGAAGAAAAAGUUCAAAGUGAAGGAGAAAUCGAUGUCAAAAAUGAUGAUGAGGGCAUCGAUGCUGAGAAGAUUACUAAUUUAGUAGAACGAGCAUCCACAAAAACCUCAGAUAUAGAUUGGGAAGCAGGAAAACCUAUCGGUGCUCUUGUUUAUUAUUGUAAUCUAUUUUACAGUGUUCCUUAUGCUGCUCUUUGUAAAACCUUUGAAAAAAUCGAGGCAACGACAAAGCGGCUCGAAAUACAAGAACAUCUGACCACGUUUUUCGUACAAAUCAUCGAAAAUAACCCUGACAAUUUAUUGGAGACUUUAUAUUUGUGUCUCAAUCGGAUUUGUCCUGAAUAUGAAAAUCUUGAAUUGGGUGUCGGUGAGUCUUUAUUAAUAAAAUCUAUAGCCGAAACGACUGGCAGAAAAACAUCAAAGGUGAAAGAAGAAUUAGCAAAAUGGGGUGAUUUGGGAAAAGUUGCUAAGGUCCCCUCUUAUGAUAUCAUCGUUCCGAUUUUAUUGAAAAUAGGAGUGAAAGGUCUUAGGGAAAAUUGUAAAUUGACGCCUGGUAUUCCACUCAAGCCGAUGUUAGCACAUCCAACCAAGAGUAUUACUGAAGCACUUGAUAGAGUUGAGGGACAAACAUUCACAUGCGAGUUUAAAUAUGAUGGUGAACGUGGGCAGAUUCAUAUGUUAGAAGAUGGUACUGCAAAAAUUUAUAGCAGAAAUUUGGAAGAUAGUUCUAUGAAGUAUCCUGAUGUUUUAGAGAUACUUUCCAGUAUCGUGAAAUCUGAUACCAAAAGUUUCGUGCUUGACUGCGAAGUCGUAGCAUGGGAUCCGGAAAAAAACUGCCUUCUGCCUUUCCAAAUUCUGAGCACACGAAAGAGAAAAGACGUAAAAGAAUCAGAUAUAAAAGGUAAAUUCGCAUUUGCACGUUACAUGAAUGCCUCAAAUGUUGAGGAAAUACAAGCUUUUCUUGACGAAAGCGUCAAAGGAAGUUGUGAGGGACUAAUGGUGAAAAUACUAGAUGGUCCUGAGUCACGAUAUGAACCUUCAAAACGGUCGAGAAAUUGGUUAAAGGAACAUGAAAUACCUGAACCAAAAACGUAUUAUAAUUACGAUAAAGGGGCAAAACCAGAUGUUUGGUUUGAGCCUUGUCAAGUCUGGGAAGUAAAAACUGCUGAUCUUAGUAUUUCCCCUAUUUAUAAGGCGGCUUUAGGAAAGAUACGAGAAGAUAAAAAGCCGGAAGAUGCAACUUCAAGUGAUCAGGUAAAAUCUAUACAACGGCAUACUGAUUAUUGCAACAAAAUAACUUAA